AUGGUCAUCCCCGUGUCCCCACAGAGGCCACACCGGGGUGUCCCUGCCGUGUCGCACAGACCCUCCGGGGCCGUGGGCGAGGCCCUUGUGCCCCGCAGGGCCCCGGGGGGCGAGGCAGGGCCGCGUCCCCCCCGCCGGUCGCGGUACCCCCCCCAGGGUUCUGUGGCCGCGGGCUCGGGUCAGAAUCGCAGGGCGCUCACGGGCCGGGGCAGUGCCCUGGGCCUCGCCUAUCUGAUCGACUCAUCCCGCCCGGCCCAGCCGCACAGCGCCCCAGGGGCUUCGCGGCGCCUUCUUCUCACCUCGGCCCGGCGGGGCCCGGCCGAUCGAAUAAGAUCAACGUGUUGUGGGACCUGGAGAAAUGCGGGGAGGGGUGGAGAUUCGGGCACUGGGGAUGUGGGGGGUGCUGUUGGUACCACGCCAGUGCCCACCCGCCCCCCGAGGGGCACGGACACCCCCGGGCACCGCCGCCGUGCCCGGGGUGCCGCAGCCCCCCCCAUCUCUCCCACAGGCCCGGAGAUCCCCCUGUCCAGCUACCCCCCCGCGGCCCCCCCGGCGCCGUUCCCCGUGGACCCCAAAGCCGGCCCCGCGCCCCCCCAGCCCGGCUUCACCCCCAUGGCCAUGUACCCCCCUCCCGGGCCCGCCCAGUACCCCGUGUACCCCUCGGGGCCCCCCGUCUACAACCCCACAGCACCCCCGCCCUACGCCCCGGCACAGCCCAGUUAUCCCGGAGCCUGAGCCCCCCCGGGGACCCCCGCACCCGCCGCCGGCCAGCGGGGCCGGGCUGGGGACCCCCGGCCCCCUCCCCCCGAGGCGCUGGGGGGGUGCCCCAGCGCGGGGGGAACGCGGCGGCAGCGGCACAGGGCGGCCCUUGUCCCGCACACUGGGCCCUUUGUGGGGGCCGCCCCCCCGCCUCUGCGUGCCCACGGACCCGGGCACCCGCGGGGGAUCCCCAGGGGGGUCCCCCGAGGGCCGUGUGCCGGUGUCCCCCUGCACGACCACCUCUGGAUUCCCUCCCCGGGGCUCUUCGCCCCUCCCCCCCAGGGUUGGCAUUAAACCACUUCUUGUGCCCA